AUGCCUCCAACAAUCGUGAGUCACGCUAAUUGUGAAGUACGGGCUGUUAUACGAUUUCUUAGUGCUAAAGGUGUAAAACCGAUCGAUAGUCAUCGUGAGAUCGUUGAAGUUUACGGACAAAACAUUAUGAGUGAUGGAAUGGUAAGGAAAUGGAUGAGAAAUAACAAGAGAAAACUUGAUAUACCUGAUUGGACGCAAGAGAAUGCAGAAGCCGCCAUUAGGACAAUACGCAACAAAAAAACAUCAGAAAAGCUGGUAGAAGAUUUAAAAUACCGAAAACUUGUUUACUUAUACGAAUGA